AUGCCUUCAGCACGCACAAACGUGCCCACUGUCGUCCAACGGCCAGCCAUGGCCAAGAAGGAGCGAGUAGUGGGCUUCUACGAGGACCCCGUGGCCUCAUUCUGCCGACCAGCCAACAACACCGAGGAAUGGGCUGCCUACCACUUUGAGAUGCACGCCAGACAGUGUGCCUACUGCCACAAGCCAUACGAAGUCCACCGCAACCACGAGCGACUCUGUGACGUCGGCCACCGUCUCGCCCAGGACGUGGCUCAAUACAUCUACCAGAAGGCAGAUGGAGCCAUCUACUCCACCACUGAAGAGGACAACAAGGUCGUCCGCGUCGAGGUCCCCGCCGGCUACGUCGAGGUCUUCUCUCUCCUCAAGGCCAUUGAGCGCAGCCUCCGUCACCGGUCACGCAAGCCAUUCGUGUCCAUGGACCGCACCUACUACGUAGCUCCUCGCACAUCAUCCACCUCACCUCGACGAAGCCACUCGGUCAAGCUUGAGCAGGAGCCCAAGAAGUCAAAGUCAUCCCGCCCACGAUCUGGUGAGAUUGUUGACUGGCCACAUCACACCACCACCACCAAGACCAAGCGCCCCCUCGCCGAGAUCAGCAACACACCCAACUCCAAGCGCGGCUCUCUCUACGAAGAGGACCUGGCCAAGCAGCGCCGCAACGCAAAGCACUACGCUGUCGAGGUCCGCGAGCCAUCAGCGCGAGACGUCCGCGAGCACCGAUCACCUGGCUACUACCGAUGA